CACCAACUUUCUUCACCAGCACAACCCACCCGACCCGCCUUCGACCCGCGCUCCUCCUCCUCCAGUUUCAGCUCAUGACACCCUUCCACUCGUAUCAGUAAUUGGUCUAUUCACCGCUAUGUCCAAAUCCCGAGCCAGUCAGCUCGCGCAACUUCGCGCCCUGCGCGCCGCCGGCAAAACCCGUCUGGACUCCUACGAAGUCGAGGAGGAGAAGCAAAUUUACGAGGAGGUCGAUGAGGAGGGAUACAAGAAGGUUGUCCGUGGCCGGCUGGACGAGGACGACUUUGUUGUCGACGACAACGGCGAGGGUUAUGCCGACGACGGCAGAGAGGAUUGGGAGGAGGGUCGUCAGCAAUACUAUUCUGAUGAGAGCGAGGAGGAUGAGCCUGUGAAGGGCAAGGCCGCCAAGAGGAAGCGCGAAGAAGAUCGCGAAAGGAAAGAAAAGGUCAAAAAUGGCAUCAACAAAUAUUUCACCGCAAAUGCUGCUGCUGUUGUGCCAAAGCCUAAGCCUGUGACAACUGCUGAGGACGCAGCCUUCAUGGCAGACCUUCUCGGUGAAGUCGACACCAACGUCCCCUCCCGACCUCGCAUGAAAUCCGUCAAAUCCGAAACUCGCCGCAAAACCCGCGUUCUUUCUCCCCCCAUUGCCGAGUCUCGGCCAACAGCGCGCCAAAGCCGCAACGAUGCGGAUUUGGAUAUCAUGAUAGAUACCCCACCUGCGGAAGUAGAGCUGCCAGAAGACGCCUAUGUACCGCCAGUGGAUGACGAUGUUAUGAUGAGCGAUCCGCCAUUACCAUCAUCGCCAGUUACGAAAGCUGUCCAACGGAAGAUAUCGAAGGUUGCGAUCAAAGACGAAGAGGAAGAGGAUGACGAUCUCAUGGAGGUAGCUCAGGCUACCGGGCAAUCUGGGAUGCAUACUGCCGGCGUGAACAUGGCAGGAAGCAGACCUGUGCCCAAAAUCAAGACUCAAAAGGCGUAUCCCACCCCAGACAGUUCCUCUCCCACUCGGCCUCCGGCGGACGCAGUCGAUGCUUCUUCCUGGAACAACGUAACCAGUCGGUUGAAUGUCCAGAGUACUCCAUCAUUCGAUACCUCGAGUAUAGGAAAGCUCAAGCCCGAGCACGCCGUGGAAGAGGAUGGCAGUCUCCGAAUGUUUUGGCUUGACUAUACAGAGAUUCACGGUAGCCUUUGCCUUUUCGGUAAGGUCAAGGACAAGCACACUGGGACCUUCGUCAGUUGCUUUGUGAAAGUCGACAACAUACUCCGCAAGCUGUACUUCCUUCCUCGAGAGACUCGACAGAAGCAUGGCCGCGAUACCGAUGAGGAGGUUACAAUGGGCGAUGUGUACGAAGAAGUUGACGGGCUCAUGUCUAAAUUCCGUGUUGGCAUGCACAAGAUCAAGGGAUGCACAAGGAAAUAUGCCUUCGAGCUUCCUGACAUCCCCAAAGAAGCGGAGUAUCUCAAGCUUCUGUAUCCUUACGACAAGCCAGCAAUUCCCGUGGAUCUUAGAGGCGAGACGUUUUCUCAAGUUUUUGGCGCCAACACGGCACUUUUCGAGCAGUUCGUUCUAUGGAAGAACAUUAUGGGACCCUGUUGGUUGAAGAUCGAUGGAGCCAACUUCAAUGCCAUCAACAACGCUUCUUGGUGUAAACUUGAAGUCCAGGUCGACAAGCCAAACAACAUCAGCCCUCUUGGAGACUCGGACAAUCUGGAGGCGCCUCCUCUUACCAUCAUGAGCAUUGCUCUCAGAACGGUGUUCAACCAAAAGGAAAACAAGCAGGAAAUUCUAAUGGCUAGCGCCAGGGUCUAUGAGAACAUGUCUCUGACCGACACCACUCCUCCCGAAAAGCUACCGUGCAAGGCCUUUACCGUAAUACGACCCAACGGCGAUGCCUUCCCAACUGGAUUCAAACUCGAGGCCGAGAAGCACAAAGGAACGGUCAAACUCGAGAGGAAUGAACAAGGCCUUCUUAGCUGGUUUAUGGCCAUUCUCGGCAAAAUGGAUCCAGAUGUCUUGAUGGGCCACAGGUUGGAAGAUGUUGAUUACACUGUUUUACUCAGCCGCCUACGCGAAAGAAGAACUCCUGGGUGGCACAGGAUCGGACGCCUACGGCGAAGCGAAUGGCCUAAAAACAUAGGCAAAGGUGGCGGAAGCUUCUUCGUAGAGAGGCAGCUUGCAGCUGGCCGUCUGCUUUGCGAUCUGGCUAACGACCUGGGCAAGUCGCUCAUGACAAAGUGUCAAUCUUGGAGUCUUAACGAGAUGUGCGAACUCGUUCUUGGCGAAGGCAAGCUACGUCAAGAUAUUGACAACGAGCAAGCGCUCAAGACUUGGGCGAGGGAUCGCGAAGGAUUGAUGAACUAUCUCAGGCACUGCGAGGCUGACACCUAUUUCAUUGCCGCCAUUGCCUUGAAAGUUCAGAUGCUUCCUCUAACAAAGGUCCUCACCAACCUCGCUGGCAACUCUUGGGGACGUACCUUGAGCGGCACCAGGGCCGAGCGGAACGAGUACAUUUUGCUUCACGAGUUCCAUCGUAACAAGUACAUCUGCCCAGACAAGGUUUGGGGCAAGGGCAAGGCAAAGAUCGGAGAAGAGACGGCAGAAAACGAAGAAGGUGCAGAUGCGAAAAAGAAGGACAAGUAUAAGGGUGGUUUGGUCUUUGAGCCUGAAAAGGGCCUUUACGACCGCUUCAUCCUUGUCAUGGACUUUAACAGUUUGUACCCUAGCAUCAUCCAGGAGUUCAACAUUUGCUUCACCACCGUGGAGCGAUCCGACAUCUCCGAGGACGAUGAAAAGGUGCCGGAGGUACCAUCAAAUUCUCAGGAGCUGGGUAUCCUCCCAAGGCUGAUCGCAACGCUUGUAAAUCGGAGAAGGGAGGUCAAGAAACUGAUGAAGAAUCCCUCGGCGUCCACGGACGAGCUUGCAACAUGGGACAUUAAGCAAAUGGCCCUGAAGCUAACAGCUAACUCCAUGUACGGCUGUCUUGGUUACACCAAGUCCCGCUUCUAUGCCAGACCCUUGGCCAUGCUUACCACCUUCAAGGGUCGUGAAAUUUUGCGCAGCACCAAGGACCUGGCCGAGAGCAAGAUGCUUCGUGUCAUCUACGGUGAUACGGACUCGGUCAUGAUCAACACCAACAUGGACAACAUGCAGGACGCCCUCAAGGUUGGAAAUGAGUUCAAGAGGGAUGUUAAUGACAGCUACAAGCUGCUGGAGAUUGACAUUGACAACGUCUUCCGCCGACUACUCUUGCAUGCUAAGAAGAAGUAUGCUGCAAUCAACAUGCUCGAGGUCGACGGCAAGUGGAUGGAGAAGCUUGAAGUCAAGGGUCUUGACAUGAGACGCAGAGAAUACUGCGCCUUGUCCAAAGAGACCUCAUCUAAGCUGCUCAACUUUCUGCUGUCUGGCGAAGAUCCAGAAGUCGUCGUGGAGAAGAUCCAUGAUUACCUCCGCGAGUUGGCCGUUAAGAUGCGGGAAUACACUAUCCCCCCUCAGAAAUACACCAUCUUUACUCAACUCGGCAAGGAUCCUAGGGAAUAUCCUAACGCCAACAGCAUGCCCUCAGUUCAAGUUGCUCUUCGCCAGAUUGCCAAGGGUAAACAUGUCAAGGCCAAGGACGUCAUGUCGUUUGUUAUCACGGGUGAAAGUAAUGGAUCUGCGGAGACUGCGGCGAAGAAUGCAUACACUCUGGACGAAGUGCUCAAGAGGGACUCUGGACUCAAGCCUGACAUCGAGUACUAUCUCCAUAAGCAAAUCUUGCCGCCCGUCGAGCGUCUUUGUGCCCCCAUCGCUGGCACAAACAUUACCCGCCUGGCCGAAUGCCUUGGGCUAGACACGAGCAAGUACCGCGUUAGCACCAGCGCCUCCGGCAAUAGCUUUGAGCACGAGAUCCACCCGCUAGAGUCGCAGAUCCCCGAUGAGGUCCGUUUCAAGGACUCCGUUCCGCUUUCUCUUCGUUGCCCCAGUUGUAAGGAGCAGUUUACGUUCCGCGGGCUUGCCAAGAGCCCCGGUGUUGUCUCACACGACGGCAUCGUCUGCGGUAACGCGGCAUGUGGCAGGACGCUGCCGAACCUUUCCAUCGUCUCGCAGAUGGAGGCGCAAAUCCGCCAGCACACGGCGCGCUAUUACGCCGGUUGGCUGGUCUGCGACGACCCUGCUUGCGGUACGCGGUCUCGCCAGAUGAGCGUCUACGGCCAUCGUUGCCUGGGUCCCAACAGACUGGGACUCGGGUGCUCGGGCCGCAUGAGCUACGAGUUCUCGGACAAGAUGAUGUAUAACCAGUUGUUGUAUCUGCAGACCCUGUUCGAUGUGGACAAGGCCAAAGAGGCGGUCAAGAAGGACGCCACUGAUGAGACGAGCGAGAAGGUGGGCGUGCUGGCGGAGGUGAAUAGGGAACGCUUCGAUACGGUGAAGGAUGUCGUGAAGGGCUAUCUGGAUCGUAAUGGUAGGCAGUGGGUUGCGAUGGAUAGCCUGUUUGCUUUUGCGCUCAAGGCGGCGGCUUGAAAAUGGGAUUCUUUUGGGACGUAAUGAUGGGCGUGUUUUGUAUAGGUAGUCAUGGCUUAGCUCGUGGCGUUUGGUUUAAACUGGGCGAUGGGAUCAUAGCGGCUAGGAAGUGAGAAAUGCAUAUGGGGUGU